GAAACGGUGUCCGACGAAAGCGACUGUUCAAUGCAUCCCUCGACAGAAAGCGCGUAAAAACAGAGUCCCAAGUUUUUUUUUUUGUUUUGAGUCAUGCUCCCGGUAAUAAUAAGCUGGGUUGAAGGGUUCUUGUCAGGAAACAGCAAUUGGCGAAGCAUUUCUUUUUCUUUUAACUGACUUAUGAGAAGGGAACCCAGAAAUGUUUAGUGUUGAAAAUCCUCUCUCUCUCUAAUAAGUUUCAGUUCCCCUCUAAUGAAGGGAACUGCAGCUCAAUUUCCCUUGUUUGUUACUGAAAGGUGCCUGUUUUGGAACGUGUUGAACGUUUAACAGUUCUGACCUUGCUUAGCUUUGUGGAAGUGCCACCAUCCUCCAUAGCCCCUUAGAUCUUAGGUGGAGGUUUGUGUAUUUAAGUGGGCUCCGAGUCUCCUCUUUUUCCCAAGGUGGUGGUGACCUCUUCCUUCUUAAUUCUGUGUAGUUUGAUUGGUGGUCCAUCCCUUCUCUAGUCUUUUUUCCUUAGGGUUCUGAUUUCUUCGAGUCCCAGUUGGUGAUUGAGAAGGCUUCAGAUUUCUUGACAAAAUGGUGAAGAUUUGUUGCAUUGGAGCUGGUUAUGUUGGGGGUCCUACCAUGGCAGUUAUUGCUUUCAAGUGCCCCUCGGUCGAGGUAGCUGUUGUUGACAUCUCGGAGCCUCGAAUCCGAGCCUGGAACAGCGACCAGCUCCCCAUAUAUGAGCCCGGUCUUGAAGAAGUGGUGAAGCAGUGCCGAGGAAGGAAUCUCUUCUUCAGCUCGGCAGUGGAAAAACAUGUCUCCGAGGCUGACAUAAUCUUUGUUUCUGUCAACACCCCGACCAAAACUCGGGGCCUUGGAGCUGGCAAAGCCGCGGAUUUGACUUACUGGGAGAGUGCAGCGAGGAUGAUUGCUGAUGUGUCAAAGUCUGAUAAGAUUGUUGUCGAAAAGUCGACUGUCCCAGUCAAAACGGCCGAGGCCAUUGAGAAAAUUCUGAUCCACAACAGCAAGGGAAUUAGCUUUCAGAUUUUGUCGAACCCAGAAUUUCUCGCUGAAGGGACAGCCAUUCAGGAUCUCCUCAGCCCGGACCGAGUCCUCAUCGGAGGGAGGGAAACCCCUGGAGGCAGCAAGGCAGUAAAAGCACUGAAAGAUGUUUAUGCUCAGUGGGUUCCCGAAGACAGGAUCAUAACGACCAAUCUUUGGUCAGCCGAGCUCUCAAAGCUGGCUGCCAACGCCUUCUUGGCUCAGAGGAUCUCAUCUGUUAAUGCCAUGUCGGCUCUUUGUGAGGCCACAGGAGCCAAUGUCUCCGAAGUUUCCCAUGCUGUCGGAAAGGACACUAGGAUCGGCCCCAAAUUUCUUAAUUCUAGUGUUGGUUUCGGAGGCUCUUGCUUCCAGAAGGACAUUCUGAAUUUGGUCUAUAUCUGUGAAUGCAAUGGCCUGAUUGAAGUUGCAAACUAUUGGAAACAAGUCAUUAAGGUGAAUGACUACCAAAAGAGCAGAUUCGUCAAUAGGGUCGUCUCAUCCAUGUUCAAUACGGUUUCCGGGAAGAAAAUUGCAAUUCUCGGGUUUGCCUUCAAGAAGGAUACUGGCGACACGAGGGAAACUCCAGCCAUCGAUGUGUGCAAGGGGCUUUUGGGUGAUAAGGCAGAGCUGAGCAUUUAUGAUCCCCAGGUUACCAAGGAUCAGAUUGAGCGGGAUCUCUCAAUGAGCAAGUUCGGGUGGGACCACCCAGUUCACCUCCAGCUGACGAGCCCUGCUGCAGGCGAGCAGAUCUGGGAUGUCGCUGUAGAUGCUUACGAGGCCGCAAAGAAUGCACAUGGGCUGUGCAUUCUUACUGAAUGGGAUGAGUUCAGGAAACUCGAUUACCAGAAGAUCUUUAACAAUAUGCAGAAACCCGCGUUCGUGUUUGAUGGCCGUAACAUUGUUGAUGAUGCGAAGUUGAGGGAAGUUGGGUUUAUCGUGUACUCAAUUGGUAAGCCGCUGGAUCCAUGGCUCAAGGACAUGCCUGCUGUUGCAUAAGUCUUGGGGUAUUUAAGGCUGCCAUUCGAUUCUUUAAUGUGUUCUCGGAGAAUUUCAGGUUCCUCAUGCUCGAUCGUAUAGGCCGAAGACAAUCAUUUUGAUUAUAGUGAACUCACCAUACAUGUAAUGCUUUUGCUGCUUUCAAUUUGAAUAAAUGGGAGAAAUUUGAAAGAA